UGUUGUCGUAAAGAUGGCGACCUCCAGGUUGGAGAAGAACUUCUUGCGGCUGUUGGUGAGAUGCGAGUCGAUGGCGGGGGAAAAGAGGGAAGAAAAGGACUGGCGGCUGGAAAAGUAUGUAGGAGCUCUUCAGGGAAUGUUGGUUGAAUUGAAGAAGCACACCAGCAAACCUGCACCUGAGGUCCUAAACGAAUAUACCCGCAAAGUGGAAUUUAUGAAGGGUCUUUUGGAGGCUGAGAAACUGCCUAAUCCCACAGAGAAAGCUCUGGCCAAUCAGUUUUUAGCACCAGGGAAGACCUCAACAACUGGAAAGGAGAGGAUUUCUGCCACUCAAACAGUCCACCUUCAGAUGAAAGCCAGAUACACGGGUGAGAUGAGAAGUGAACUCCUUGGCCUGCCACCCCAAUCUCCUGAAGGUUCUGAAUUUACUGAACUGAGAAGACGAAGUGGACUGGAGGAUGAGAAACAAACAGCCACUGAACUGGACGCCGUGCUCCACCGUCAUCACAACAUGCAGGAGCGACUCGCCGAGGAGAUGCUCAGCCUGGCCCGUAACCUGAAGAACAACACUCUGGCAGCACAGAGUGUUAUCAAACAGGACAACCAGACACUGACCCAGUCCCUGCGGAUGGCAGAUCAGAACUUUGAGAAGCUGAAAGUGGAGUCAGAGCGACUGGAGCAACACACCAAGAAAUCAGUCAACUGGCUGCUAUGGCUGAUGCUGGUUGUGGUGUGUUUCACCUUCAUCAGCAUGAUCCUCUUCAUCCGUAUCUUUCCCAAGCUCAGGUGACCAAGACUUCGCCCAGCCCCUACCUCUGGACCACACAGUGUGCACACAGGACGCUGGGGGCAGACAGGCAGAAAUCAUCCAGGGUGGGGUCGCUUGAAAUGGCUCCACUCUGCUGAAACUUUCCUCCCAGCUGGAUUGUGAAUGACCCGCAAACGGGCAGAGCUCUGCUCCAAGUAUAAUGGACUGGAGCUCCUACUGGGAUACGGAUAGAAUGCACUGCCCUCGAGCCCUCCAGACAUUGAUCACUUGCAGCAAGAAAAGGAUUAGGCUCAAAGAUUAAUUACUAAUUAAUUUAAACAUACUGACAUUUAUUUACAGGAUUCUAGAACUGUUAAGUUGCCUCCUUUUUCUGACAUAAUAUGUUCAAUGAUGGACUUUUAUUAUAUUUGUGCUCUGAACUUUUCACUAAUAUACACUUUCAAGAAUUAUUAAAAAUGAAUCUACAGCUUAUCCAGCCAAUGACAAAUCAAAUGAAUGCAAUUAGUUUUGAGUUCUGUUUCGAGAUUCACUAAGUAGUUUGCAUUUCCAUGACUCCUAUCAUGCAGAGAUGACAUUCCUGAUUUCCUCUCAGGGGCAUCAUCGAGCUUAGUUUAACACUGAACCGUACAGCAAUGUUAGAGCACAUGACCUACAGCUUCAAGAAAGGGUGAGGUUUUACAGAAUAUCUGAGAGGGGGAGAACAGCUCAGCAAGGGCUUCACAGAAUGUGGCUGAAGGCAUGACUAACAAUAUUAGUGAGUCAAAGUGGGGUGCACGUGAUGUCAGAUUUGGACCAGGGCAGAGGUCUCGGUGUUUUAGAGAUGAGGAGGAAUCUGUUCUGGUUCAGUUAUGAAGCCUUGUUUGAGGGCUCUCCACACUGCAGGAAGAGUUACUGAGCCAGUGUCUCCUGCAUGUGAGCACUGCUAUAGUUUGCAGAUCUGAACAGCCCAAGCUUGGUUGAACUCUGUCAUCACAGAGUGGUUUAUCAGGUAAUAUAAAGAGUUACUAAGAUGGAUGCAGUGGUGUUGAGGGAGAAUAUAAUUGACCAGGAAUGGUUCUUCUAGUCAUCCCAAUGCUGGGAAGUGGAGGAGUGUUCUUUAAGGACAGAAGAGGGUUUGGCUGAGAUGGUUUCUGCCAUUGAACGGCCAGCUGUUGUUAUCUUGGCUGAUGGCCAAUCUCCUGCACUACAGGACGUCAUCUCGGUCAUGAAACUAAGCCAAUGGAUGGCAAAAUCCUUCCUGAAGGAAGUAGAAAAAAAAUGGCGCCAGUACUAUUGUGGAUGCAAUGUUAGAAAACCGUUACUUGAGUUUUUUUCCUGCAUUUCCUAUCUGCAUUGUUUUGCAAGUUCAAUCUGAAUAUACAUUUGUUGCUCUUUAAGAGUUACCUGCCCAGCUGCUCGUAGUCAUUGCCAUGUUCCAUUUGACAGUCGAGUGAAGCCACAGUUUUUCUCUGAGAAUGUGUUGAUUGCAUGUGUUUUGGGAAAGUGAGACUGCUUUAGUAAUUAAACCAAAUGGUGUGAACUCGGGCAAUUCAUGAGAAUUCCUGGGAGAGAUGUGCUAGCGAAGCUUUACAUCUUACACUCGUCGAGACUGAAUUGCAAGAAUGUCAGGUCUCAAAAUGAGCUUUACCUCAUGGAAAAGGACUGGAAUAGACCUGAAUUCAAAAUUCUAAAGUGGGGGGAGUAGGAAGGUGGAUUUUUAAGAUGAUCAGGCAUGAUUUGGCUAGUGUGGACUGGGAAUAGAUACCUUUUUAGGUAUGGUAAAGUUACCGUAUUCUUACUAGACCAUAUGGGUGCGCUGUCAGUGAGAGAGAUCACAGGUUUAACCUGAGGGCCACCACGUCUCAGGCAAUGGGAGAGUUUGAGAAGGAGAGUCCUUUUGUAGUAACGUUGCAGGAAUUGAACCCAUGCGGUUGGCUUUACUCUACGUCACAAACCAGUCAUGCAGCCAACUGAGCUAGCUGACCUCCAACCCCACCCACCAGGGAUAUAUUCAAGAUGGAAAUUUGGAGAGUGCAGGACUUACAUCUUCCAGCAAAGAUAUGAAGUGGGACUAACAUAUCCAGUGAACUCUGGAUAUUGAGAGAGAGAGAGAGAGAGAGACAGGAUUAAACAAACAGGAAAAAUGGAAGCUUUUGGCUGAUAUCAAGAGCAGAAGCCCUGGGUGAGUACAGAAUGUGCAAAAGGCGAUCAAAAAAGGGGCAAGAAAGGAUCAUGGCAGAUAAAAUGAAGGAAAUCCUGUUAUUUUGAGUACAUUAGGGUAAAAAGAGUAGGGUCCAUUAAGGAACACGGUGAGAAUUUGUGCGUGGAGCCAGAGAGUUUCGGUAGGAUUCUAAAUGUCAUCUUUGUCAGUGUUUUAGUGGGAGAGGUGAUUAUUGGUACAGAAAUCAGGAAGAAGGACUGUGAUAUAAUUACAGAGAUCAGCAUUGACAGAUGAGAUUCUAAGUGAUCUGGCAGGCUUCAAACUAGAUAAAGCUCCAGGGCCAAUGAAAUGUAUACCAGGCUGUUGACUGAGGCAAGAGAGGUGCUGACACUAAUUUUCAAUUCCUUUCUGGCCAUGGGAGAGGUCCUGUGGGCUGGAGGACAGCCAGUGUGAUAGUGUCAUUCAUGAAGGGAGCAAGGGAUAAACCAGGAAACUCCAGGCCAGUUGAUCUAAACUUCAUGGUGAGGAAAGACUUAGAAUCAAUUUCUGGAGGACAGAAAUAACCUACUAUUGGAAGGGGAGGGAUUAAUCAAAAACAGUUGGCAUUGUUUUGUUUAAAGGGAAAUCAUGUCUGACCAACUUGAUUGAAUUCUUUGAAGAGGUGACCAGGUGUAUAGAUGUUGGCAAUUCAUUGAAUAUAGUCUACUGAAUUUUAGUGAGGCUUUUGAUAAGAUUCUGCACAGGAGAUUAAUAGCAACGGUAAGAUCCCACGGUAUCGAAGGAAAUCCUGCUCAUUUCUUCCGGAACUUGCUGAGAGGCAGAAAAUGGAGGGUGACAGUUGGGUAUUUUUGUGACUGGAAUCGUGUCCAGUUGGCUUCCACCUGGCUCACACUUUGGACCCUAACUGUUUGUGGAAUUUGGAAAUGUUUAGACUUGAAUGUAGGAGGGUUGAUCAGAGUUCAUAAGGAUACAAAAAUCAGUGGGAUAGUAAAUUAAUGAGGGUACUCAUAGAUUACAGGAGGAUAUAGAUGGGCUGCUCAGUGGCAAAUAGAAUUCAAUCUGGGUAAUUUUUUUUAAAAAAUGGGAUCAUUUGCAGAUUGAGGGCACUGCUGUCUAAGUCAGUAUUUAUUGCACGUCCAGCAGUUAAGAAUCAGCCGUGUUGGUACGGGUCUGGAGUCACGUGUAGGCCAGACCUGGUAAGGAUGGCAGUUUCCUUCCCUAAAAGACAGUUAGUGAGCCAGAUGUGUUUUUUUUUUAUGAUGAAUUCAUGGUCAUCAUUCGACUCCCAAUUUCAGACUUUCAUUGAAUUAAAAUUCCACCAUCUGCCAUGGUGGGAUUGAACCAAGCUCUCUGGAUUAAUAGGCCAGGGAUAAUACCUCCAGGCCAUUUCUUCCUCCAAGUAAGUGUGAGGUGAUGCUUUGUUUGUCCUGCCCAUCUGCAAUGGAAUACAUGAUGAGCUGUAGGACCCUGGCAAGCACCGAGGAUCAGAGGAACUUUUAGAGGUUUGUUUUCCAUGGACCGAGGAUACUGGGGUGGUGGGGCUUGGUUUUGAUUGAGAUGCAUAAAAUUCUGAGAGCGUAGAUAGGGAGAAGGAAUGUUUCGGCUUGGUGCAGAUAUAAGGUAGGGGGCAGGAGGUUUAGAGGUGAUGUGAGGAGGAAAAUGUUUCUGCCUACAUUGUUGGGGGAAUCUGGAACUCAUCCCCGGGGGCAGGGUGGUGAGGCAGGCAGCUCUAUAACAUUUAACAAGUUUUUAGAUGUGCACAUGCAAUGUCAAUGCAUAAAAGGCUAUUGGUCAAGGGCUGGAAAAUGGCAUUAGAAUCGUUAGGUGGUUGUUUUUGACUGGUGCAGACUUGAGGGUCAGAAGGGCCUGUUUUUGACCUGGAAACCUGUGACUCUCAGAAAUGGGUUGGUUGGGAAGUUAGCUGUGGUUGAGGCAUGGUUCCAUGACAAUGUCCCCCUUAUUGAAAUAAAAUACAAACAUACUGCUGAGUCACUAAAGAGGUCAUGUGUUGCAUUGGGUAGGGUCCUUACUUCUUAGCCAAGAAAUCCAAAUUCAAAUCCUUGCCCAGUACUGUACCUUGAUGGCUAAGAAAGGUGAUGCAGCAUAAUGGGGUGUUAAAAUUGAACUAAAUCACUUUUUUUGUUCAAUUAUUAAAAAGGUGCAAUGUCUGGACAAGUUCCUUCUUCAUGCAGAGGGUAGGCCCCUCCAUUAGGACUAUACUAAUGAGGAGCAGGACUCUGCUUCCAAUAUGUUUUCAUGAAAAGAGUUCCAAAGACUCAUGACCCUUUGAAAGAAAAGGAAAUGUUUUGCGUUUUCCCUGUUGUAAACGGGCAACCCUUUUAUUUUUAAACAGUGACUCCUAGUUCUGCAUUCUUCCCGAACAGGAAAUAUUAAGAACAUAGAUCAGUACAGCAGAGGAAUAGGCCCUUCAGCCCAUCAUGUCUGUGCCAAUAAUGAUGCCAUUCUAAACUAAUCCCAUCUCCCUGCACGUGCUCCAUGUCUCUUGAUUCUCUGUCUGCUCAUGUGUUUAAGUGUCUCUUAAUCAUUGCUAUUGUAUCUGCUUCUACCAUCUCCUGUAGUGACCCAGGCAUCUAUCACCCUCUAUUUUAAAAACAAGUCCUCUUGCUUUAUACAUAUGCCUCCUGGUAUUUGACAUUUCCACCCUGGGGAAAAGACUCCGACUAUUCAUUGUGUCCAUUCUCCUCAUUUUAUAUACUUCCAUCAGGUUACCUCUCAGCCUGUAAUGCUGUAGUGAAAACAAUCUAAAUUUGUCCAACCUUCCAUUAUAUCUAAUAUAGUCGACCCUAGGCAAUAUCCUGGUAAACCUCAUUUUCACCCUCUCCAAAUCCUCCAUAUCCUACCUAUAGUGUGGUAACCAGAACUGCACACACUACUCCAAAUGUUGCCGAACUAAAGCUUGAUACCGUUAUCACAAGGGUUGCUGACUUUUAUACCAUGUCUGAUAAAGGUUAGUGGGUGAUACACCUUUACCACCUUAUCCACAUCUGCUGCCACUUUCAGGAAGCCAUGAACUGCCCCCCGCCCCCCAAAUCCCUCUAUGUAAGGAUGCUCCUAAGGGUCCUGCCAUUUACUGUAUACUUUGUUGCAUUUGACCUCCCAAAAUGCAUCACCUCUCACUUGUCCAGUUUAAACUCUCUGCCCAGCUUUCCACCUAAUCAAUAUUCUGCUGCGUCCUUCAAAUAUCCAUCCAGUCAAGUUCCUCCAGGGUGUUUAUAUGUUUCAUCCAGUUUUCCCCAUGCACUUCUAAAAUUGAGUGGUUAUAAGCCUGUCCAACAAUUCCUCAAAGAUGACCCAUGUGUAAGACCAUUGACUGAAGACUAGAAAUACGCCACUUGCUUGUCAUGUCUACUCUGCCAUUCAAUGAGAUUGUGGUAGAUUUGAAAAUCCCAAAAGCACUUUUCUGCUUUAUUUAUAAUAAUGCUUGAUUUUAAAAUAAUACGAAUUUAAAAGUGUCUAUCUCGGCCUAAAAGUACUUAAUGACCCAAUCUCUAUAGCCCACCGAGAGAAGAACUUACUCCUCAUUUCUGUCCUGAUUGGUCAACUCCUGAUUCAGAUUUUGGUUUCUGGUCCUAGAUUCUCCUGUUAGGAGAAACAACCCCCGUUCAGCAUUGAACCUGUUAAACCUCCUAAGAAUCUUGUAUGUUUCAAUAACAUCACUUCUCAUUCUUCUGAACUGCAAUGAGUACAGGUUGAACCCACACAACUUCUCAUCGUGAAACAGUCCCUCCUUACCUGCUGUCAGCUGAGUGAACUUUCCCUGGCUGGUCUCCAACAUCAGCCUAUCCAGAGAUAAACUGUUCACAAUAUUCCAGCUGUGGUCUGACUAGUACCUUGUACAGUUUUAACAAGACUCCUGGUUUUAUAUUCUACUCCUGUUGAAAUAAAGUCCAAUGUUCCAUUUACUUUCCCUACUACCUGCUUUAUUUGGAGGCUGGCUGUGAUUCAUGCGAAAGGACACUUCUCUCUCUCCAUUUAAAUAAUAUUCAGCUCCUUUAAACCUCCCUCUAUUCCUCUACAGACUCUUUGUAUCAUCCUCACCACUUGCCUUUCUAUUUAUUUUUGUCAUUCUCUUCCCUCGUCCGAGUCGCUAAUAUAUGUUGUAAAUCGUUGUGGUCCCACCACUGAUCCCUAUGGCACUUCACUAGUUACAGGUUGCCAUCCUGAGUCCUUGCCUUUCUCAUUUCUCAUCUCAAACUUAUUCCACAUCGUGAUUUCCUCAACUUGGCACAAUCGAGAGACAUGACCUAAAUAUCUUUAACAAAACCAUUCCUCCACCUCUUUCUGGCUUCCUGUCCUUCAUAAAUGUUCUGUAACAUGCAAUAUGUAGGUUCCAAUCCCUAUAUCUCUACAGCAUGAUUCUGAAAUAGCUACCAGAUCAUAUUUCUAUUUGUGCUCGCAGUUCCUAACCUUUUUUUCAAUGCAAUAUGGAUUCAGAUAUGAAGACUUUAGUUUUAUUCUUUAUGUAACCUCUAGUCUUAUCUAUUGGUUUAGAUUUGUACUCUGUGCUUUCCUGUCAUGGUCUUUUAUGCAUUAUUACCAUUCUCUUUGGCCUUGACUCUUUGAUGUACUAUAUUCUCCCAGAUUUGAUUUCUUACUCUCACUAUUUCAUUUAAAAUCAUCUUUACAUCCCUAAGUAUGCUAGUCAGAACACUGAGCAGGGUGGAGACUAUCCCAACAGCAUGGACCCCACUUUCUCUAAUACUAGUGCAGUCUCCCAUGACCCAGAAUUCACUUCUCCCACAGCCAGACGCUGAACUGUACAUUCAUCACUCUAAUCGAAUUCACCCGAUGUCAGUUUGCACAUUCCUUGGGCAAUAAGCAAGGGCAGGCGAUAAGCCUAGUUGUAUUAUUGCUAAACCAUUAAUCCAGAGACCUAGAUAAUGUUCCAAGGACCUAGGCUCAAACCCUGCCAUGGCAGAUGAUGGAACUUGAAUUCAGUUCUUUUAAAAAAACAUGUUGGAAUUAAGGUGUUGUUGAUUGUUGGGAAAAGCCCAUCUGGUUCACUAAUGUUUCCUUCCCUAAAGGACUAGCAUCCUCACCUGGUCUGGCCUGCAUGUGACUCCAGACUCACAGUGAUGUGGUUAACCCCUUACCUCACCCAAGGCAAUUAGAGCUGGGUAAUAAUUGCCAUCUCAGCUAGCAACACCCAUGUUCUGUGAAUGGAUUGAAAACAAAAUUCCAGAGAUUAUGACAUUUGAGGUUCUACAGCUUAAUUUGAUGCCUCGAUUCUUGUUCUGACUAAGCAGAAUCUCUUGUUUUUUGUCCCGUCUAGGUUUUUAAUGCCUUUAUGGACCAUAGUGACUUGAACCCUCCCCUCCGACUGCAAAUUCCCCUUCAGCUCUGAGCACGUGUCCCGAUUCAUGGCACCAGGCAAACAGCACAGAAGUCUUUGCUGCAGGGAAUAGCAUCAGUCCCUGUCACUGUGGUGCCCCCUACUACCGCAUAUUUUUACUCCACCUUCCUGUACCACUGUGCAAAGGUCAUUUAACUUAUCCACCCUGUAACCUCCACCCUGAUUCAAACAAGCUGAAAGAACCUCACCUUUGGACAAUUGCUGGGACUCCUACCCCUCUGGGUCCCCAUCCAUGCUUCACUGACAAUUGAACUCUCCUGUCCCAGGACCCUGGCCAAAUCACAAGAUGGCCAGCCUAAAGAGGUGUGACUGCCUCCUUGUACAAAGAAUCCAGGUCAAGUACCCUCUCCCCAGUGUGCCACGAUGUCUGUAGUUCAACUUUCAGCUCAUAAACUUUAAGCUAUAUUUGCUCAAACUUAGACACUUACUACAGGUAUGUAGUGGUUUGUAGGGGUGGCACAGUGGUUAGCACUGCUGCCUCUCAGUGCCAGGGACCCAGGUUUGAUUCUAAUUUUGGGCAACUGUCAGUGUGGAGUUGUACAUUUUCCUUGUGUCUGCAUAGGUUUCCUCCCACAUUCCAAAGAUGCGUGGGUUGGCCAUGGUAAAUUUCCCCAUAGUGUCCGGGAAUGUGUAAGUUAGGUGGAUUAACCAUGGGAAAUGUGGGGUUAUAGGGUAGGAGGGUGGGUCUGGAUGAGAUGGUUUUCAGAACGGUUGGUGUGGACUUGAUGGGCUGAAUGGCCUGCUUCCAUGCUUUGGGAUUCUAUGUAAGAUAUGUAGCAGAGUAGAUCAGGCU